UGAACAAUGAAAAAAUUUUAGGAAAUUUUUGCCAAAAAUAACGUAUUUCUCGUAACGUUUAAUCCGAAUUAAUCAAAUUAUCUUCUUCGCAAUAAAAAGUUUGAUUUAGCUAUCGCAAUCUUUUAAGAUGUCAUCAACGUCGUUAAACGAAGAAGAUCGGAAACGUUACGAGAAAUUAUUUCAGGAAUUGGACAAAAAUAAAGAUGGCAGUAUCGAGAUCUCUGAAUUAUCUCAGGCUCUCUCGCAGCUCUAUGGCGGAAAAGGUGAUUUCUCAAAACACGCUGCGGAUUUGGUUAAGAAAGCAGACAUCAACAAAGACAACAGAGUGAAUUUUUCAGAAUUUUUAGGAUUUCUUCAUGACCAUGAAAGGCAAUUAACGUUGGCAUUCUCUCAUUUAGACCGAAACAAAGAUGGAAGAAUUGAUGCAGAGGAAGUUAGGGAGGCAUUCAAGCAGAUGGAUUUGCACAUUGGCAUUGAAGAAGCUCAAAAUCUUACAAAAAAGAUUGACAAGGAUGGUAGUUUGUCUCUGGAUUGGGAGGAGUGGAGGAACUUUUUCCAGCUGAUGCCUUCUGCCAACCUAGAAGAUAUGAUUGUCUUCUGGAGGCAGUCUUUGAUGAUCGACAUAGGAGAGUCCAUGACAGUCCCGCCGGAGUUCACGAAAAAAGAAAAGUCGUCGGGUCAGUGGUGGCGGUUGCUGGUCUCCGGUGGGGUGGCUGGUCUCGUCUCGAGGACGGCCACUGCACCUUUAGACAGAGUUAAAGUUUUUUACAUGGUGCAUGGCAAGAAAGUUGCAAACAGUGGAUUGUUGAAUGUGGUGAGGCAGAUGAUAAGAGAAGGGGGCGUGAGGUCAUUGUGGAGAGGAAAUGGGACGAAUGUCAUCAAGAUUGCCCCCGACACUGCCCUCAAGUUCUUCGCGUACGAACACAUGAAGAAGUUGAUAUGCGGUGAUGAUGGUAGUGGCAGUAGUAAACAGCAGAUAACGGUUAAAGAUAGAUUCCUGGCUGGCUCAUCAGCUGGGGCUUUCUCACAGACUACUAUAUACCCCAUGGAAGUCAUCAAGACUCGCUUGGCCAUUGGCAAAUCGGGCCAAUACAAUGGCAUGCUGGAUUGCGCGCGUAAGAUAUACAAGCACGAAGGCUUGAAGGCUUUCUACAGGGGAUUCAUUCCGAAUUUGGUCGGUAUUAUACCGUACGCUGGUAUUGACCUGGCAACUUAUGAGACGUUAAAAACUUUCUACAUGGCCCGAAACCCCGACAAGUCUGCACCUGGAGUUUUAGUGUUACUGGGCUGUGGCACAAUGAGCAGCUCACUUGGACAGAUCUUCACUUACCCUCUCUCACUAGUUAGGACCAAGAUGCAAUCCGGAUUGGGGGCCGACGGAAAGAAUGACGUCGUAUCGAUCUCCCGGCAGAUAAUGGAGAAGGAGGGACUGUUAGGGUUCUACAGGGGUCUGGCUCCCAACUUUCUGAAAGUUCUACCUGCUGUUGGGAUCAGCUACGUUGUCUACGAACACACCAAGUCUUACCUCAUGAAAUGAUGAUGAUGAUGGUGAUGAUGAUGGUGAUGAUGAUGGUGGUGGUGGGAAAUAAAUUUGCCAUUUUUGUUUUACGUUAGUUAGAUAGUUUGGCUGAUUUCAAUGAUUGUUGUGUUGGUGAUUGUAAUGGUAAUGAUGAUUGUGUCGGUGUGGAUUUUUGUGGCGAUAAAGUUUGGUGGCGAGAUGACAUUGUCUACAGGAAUUAAGAUAAACUUUAUUUCAUUUUCUACGAAUCUUAAGUUUUUUCUCCAUUCUUUUAUUAUUUUAUUUUGUUUGAAUGUUUUCUUAGCUAGCCCAAUUAAGCACAGUUGUGAAAUGACAUCUAGCUUUUUCGUUUGCUAUGUGCGCGUGUGCAUGCUUGUAUGUGUGUGUGUGUCUGUAUGUUUGUACUAAAUGUAUGUACACACACACGCACGCACACACACACGCAUACAAAGCAACAUAAGCGCAUAUGUUUAUGUGUAUAUUUAUUUAUAAUACCGGUAUAUACAUCUUUUUUGCUGCCUGGUAUAUACAACAGCGUGAAAGUGUCUUACAUAAAGUGUGUGGGAUCAAAAAUCAAAUGAAUUUAUAUUCAAUUUUUUUUAGUUAGUGUUCUCCCAAAUUUCGUCCCAUCUUUAAAUGGCUUAUUCUUUUGUUUUAUUUCGGUUGUUUUUUCUUUAUUUUAUGGGUUAAAUUAUAUUUUAAGAUUUAUUUGUUAGUUUAAUGUUGAAGCUUUUUAAAGCAUACAUACCAGUGAACUGUGUUGAGUACAUUUUAUGAUAUUACUUUUGCUUCAGCUCUUUAUAUUUAUUUAUUUAUUAAUUUAUUUAUUAAUUUACUUAUUUAUUUAUUUAUACCUUCUUCUUUUCAAUCAUUCAUUCAAUCAAUCAUGGUUUUAAUCAAUUAUUCAUUUGUUCGUUCAUUCAUUUGUUGUUUAUUUGAUCGUUCUUCACUUCUGUCUAUCCAGUUGUUCAUCCAUUUUUUACUUCAUUCAUUCGUUCGUUUGUUCAUUCAUUCAUUCGUUUAUUCAUUUAUUCGUUCGUUCCAUUCAUUCAUUCAUUCUUUUAUUUGUUCGUUCACUCAAUUUUUUUUUCAAAUUUUUUAAUCUUUCUAUAUAUGCCUGUCGCUUUUCUAACAUUAAUCAUAAAAUUAUGCAGUUAUCUUAACAUAA